GCAUGCAGAUUGUCAUUAAGUAUGAUGGCUUCUUUGGGGUAAGCAUUCUGCAGUGCACAGCUGAGAGUAUAUAAAUGUGUGUCCACAUCAAUUCAGCUCCAUUUCAACAUCCGUUACGACUUUCGUUCCAACAGGCACCCUCAACCAUGAAGGUCAUCGUCUUCGUCGCUAUUCUGGCACUGGCCGCUGCCGAGGAGCUUGCUCCUGAGCUUCAGGAAUCAACUUUGGCAUCGAUAAACAAGAUCAGGAGCGCCAAUGGUGAAUCAGACUUGGUCUGGGAUCUCUUCGACAUGAUUGAGGCAGAUGGUAUUACUGAGAGCUGUGAGCAGCAGGAGAUGCCUAAAGUUACAGCCGCCAUCUUCUCACAUGGAACUGAUAUUGAUGAUGCGAUCAACAAAGCCAUUGCUAACUGGACGAACGAGCCAGAUGCCCUGAGUGAGAUCACCAGCAGCGCGACGCGUGUUGGGUGUUCCGUGCAGCUGGCGUGCCCCAUGGUUGGCCGUGAAACAGAACCAGUAUACGUGGCCUGCAAAUUCUCUGCAUAGGGGCAGGGAAGCACCAGACACGACUUACCACGUCACAACCACGCGCCGAUCGUUUGUAACAUGAGAAAUAAAAUCUGCAAACACUCCUGA